AUGGCGGUCACACGAGCGACUGCUUUGGCCGUACGCACCAACACAAAUGCUUUGCAAGACGCCUUACUCAAUUUUCAAAACAGGCUCGGGAAGGAAGAUCGGAAGGAGUUUGAUGCGCAAGCGUCUAUCCCCGAUGCAUCUGCCGUUAUCAACUUAGUUACGAAACUCGACAAGGCAAACCGCGACCGUAAAGGCCGCUGCUUUGCGUCACGUUUACAUGUCGUACUCGAAUCGAUCAACCAAUUCAGUCUUGUUGUCUCCACAUUCGUGUCCUCAAACCCAGCGACUGCUGCACUGGUAUGGGGAAGCGUACAAUUCACGCUCCUGCUCGUCAGCAGGAGUCUGUCACGGUUUGAGCGCAUAUCUGAGCUGUUGAUGGAGAUUGGUCGAGAGUGCCCUCGUUUCGAUUCCUAUCAGCGCAUAUUCCAGGAUUCAACCCGCGUUCAAAAUGCGCUCUGCUCGUAUUAUGCUAGGAUCGUUCGAAUCUGCGCCGAUCUAGAAUUAUACACGAAUCCAAUGUCGCUAUUCACUUCGCGGUCUCUCAUUGAACAAAAUGAGGUUCGGGACUUGGCACGCAAUGUCGCAAAAGAGGUACAGCUCGCAAACGUGCAAAGCCAACAUGACGAGCGGAAAAGCAAACGAGAACUCGCUGCAAUAAAACGAGAACGUCAAAGACGAAUCGAACGUUUGGAUCUGCUCAACAAACUAUCGGCGCAUGAUUUCAAGACACCCUUUUCACAGCUCCAAGGCAAGCGUUGCAAUGGAACUAUAGAAUGGCUGGACGAUGAUGCUAUCUUCAAGAGGUGGCGCACAUCGCCUGCAUCAUCAAUGUUGUGGCUCACCGGCAAAUUGGGAGGCGGAAAAAGCGUUGUAAUGGCAUACGCUAUCGGAUUGUUAUUCACGCACCAAGCGACAGCAAGUUCUCAAAUAUCAUACAUGUUCUGCCGCUUUGACGAUAGCGCGUCCCUUUCAGCUUCACGCAUAUUGCGGUGUCUAAUUCGGCAAUGCUUGAGCGAGGACUCGAUGUCAGAAGAAAUCGAAAACGCACUCAGAGAGCGUCUAGAUGAUAUACCUCAUUUGGAAAGCCUGUUCCUGCGAGUGAUUGCCAACAAUCCGCUUCAUUUUGCUGUCGUUGACGGACUUGACGACAUGGACAGGACCGAGCAGCGAAAACUCUGUGAAUCGCUAAGCUCGGUCUGUAAGCAAGCCAGUCGUCCUUUCAAAGUGCUGCUGAGUUGCCGGCACAAAGUUCCAGAGAAACUUCGCGACAGCAAUGUCGACAUUAUUGAGUAUCCUCUACCUGCAGGAUUCAUCAGGCAAGACAUUGAAGCUUAUAUCGAAUAUGCUGUUGUGACAAGCAUCGAGAAUCAAGAUCUUUCGACCAAUGACCCAGCAUUGGUCUCACAAAUAGCGACUGACCUUCUUAACGGUGCCGAAAAUAUGUUCCUGUGGGUCGAGCUCAUGUUGCGAGAAAUUUGUCGUCAACCUACUGAUGACUCAAUUCGACAAAUUCUCACUAAACUGCCGGCUACACUGACGGAGCUUUAUUGCCAGAUAUUCUCAAGUAUCGCUGCCUCCGGCCGAAGUAAGGAAGCUGCGGAGUGUUUCAAAUUUGUUGCAGUAGCUCGUCGCCCGCUACUUCUACCUGAACUACAGGAAGCCAUGGCUGUAGAGCCUUAUGCUAAAUCAUCUCAGCCCGGAAGAUUUAUCAAUAAUAUUUCGCAAAUUUUUGAUUGGUUUGGUGGUUUGAUCAUCCAGGAAGAGAUUCAAGGCGAGGUCCGAUUUGCUCAUCCAACUAUCCUUCAGACCGUGUCAGACAAGACACAGCUGCGCACGCAAAUUUGGGCGCAUAUUGAUAUGGACAAGGCUUCCAAGAGAUUUGGAAUAACUUGCACCACAUAUUUAAGCUUUGACGACUUCAAGAAGAGGCAGCUCGUGAAGCAAUCGGGCUUACAAGACAUCGAUAUGACGAGGCCAAUCUGGCAAGCUUCAAUCGGAAGUGCGAUGCCUCGCCUCGCGAAGCUCAUCAACAAGAUGCACACUACUUCACCAUCGUCCUCGGGAGUCUCGCGUGGCAUAGCGCAAACACUAAACGAAGCUAUAGAACCAGAAUUCUCAACAACACACAAGAUACAGCGAGAUCAUCCAUUCUUGCAAUAUGCAACGGAAUUUUGGGAGUUCCAUUCGCGUGAUUUUGAACCAAUUGAUCGAAUAUGGCCAUUGUGGAUAGCACUCUCAUCAAGCACGGACUCGCUGAUCCGUCAACCAUGGCCAAUACUUGAUGGAACUCGUCAAUCGCAAUUAGCGUUCCAAAAAUACAUCGUGCAGGAGAAGCAUUUCGCGUUGCUAGUAUGGUGUCAAUCAGGACCGAAUCCGCUUCCAAAGAACCAAAUGAAGGAAAUUCUGGAUGAAGCAUUCUUUACUGGAGCCACUGCCUUCGUGACGAAAUUUCUACGAUUUCUAUUCGACCUCGCACUUGAUGUCAGUAUGCUCGGCGAAUUACUUCGGGGUAUUAUUCUUUCGGACGAUGCGCCGGCUGCGAGUCGUAUAAUGAGCCUGAGGUCAUCAAGUAUAGGAGUGCUUUUCGAAUGGGAUGAGAUAAGAGCUGAAGUCGGGCCUUUCCAUGCCAAAGCUUACCCUACCUUACUUGCUGUAGCUGCUGCCGCAGGUGAGGUCAAAUAUGUUGAGGAACUCCUUGCCGCCCAGGAAACAAUCAACAAAAAACCUGAUGAUGGUCCCGCUCGCUGCAGAGCACUUGAGGUCGCCGCACGAGCCGGUCACAUGAAAAUGAUCGAGUUGAUGAUGGCAGUACCUGCCGAAAUUGACCCCAAGAUCACUUUCGAUGCGCUCAAGGCAAUGAUAUCAAGCGGCCAUGCAAGUGACGUUGCCAGACUUUUGACUAAGCGAUCCACAGCAAAAGCCGUCGACGGCGGUCUCCCGGCGUUAUUGCAAAUGGCUGCGAGGGAUGGCUAUGUAGACAUGGUGGCAAUGCUCAUAUCUGCCGGCGUAAACGUCAAUGACGUAUACACGCGAUCAGCACUCGAAGUCGCCGCACAAGGCGGCCAUGCCGAAGUGGUCGACCAAUUAUUCUCGGCCGGCGCAACAGCGGAUACCACCACUGGAGGCCUUCCAGCAUUACUGCAAAUGGCUGCGGCAGAUGGCUGUGCAGACAUAGUAGCAACGCUUAUAUCCAUUGGCGUUGACGUCAACGAGGUAUUCAAGUGCACAGCGCUCGAAGUCGCGGUACAAGGCGGCCAUGCCCAGGUGGUCGACCAUCUGUUGUCUGCCGGCGCAACAGCGUACACCAUCACUGGUGGCCUGGGUAAAUUGGUUUGGGAUGCUGCAUAUUCUGGUUCUGCUCGGAUCAUUCCAAAACUGGUUUCUCAGGGCGCUAAAGUUGACGAAAUCGUCAACGGAAUGACUGCAUUGGAGGUCGCCGCACGGAACGGCCACGCUGAUGUCACGAAGGAGCUGUUAGUAGCAGGAGCAAACUACGAUAAGACUGCACUGUUGGAGGCCGCCGUACGGAACGGCCACGCUAAUGUGACCAGGGAGCUGUUGCUUGCAGGAGCCAGCUGCGAUAAUGCUGGAUUGUUGAAGGGCGCCGUACGGGAUGGCCACGCUAAUGUGACGAUGGAGCUGUUGCUUGCAGGAGCCAGCUGCGAUAAGGCUGCGCUUUUGGAGGAUGCCGUGGGUAAUGGUUACGCCAAUGUGACGAAGGUGCUGUUGGCUGCAGGAGCCACCAUAAGAGCCCAAGAAGUGCACCGGCCCUCCAAUUGGCUGCUUUCCCGAGCCGCUUCCAAAGGCAAUGUCGGUAUCAUUGGGAUGCUGCUGGAAGCCGGUGCGUAUGCAGGUCACCUUGACGAUCCAAAGAAUGCGGCCGUGAUCGCAUCCAAAAAUAAACAUGAAGAAGCGGGCAGGAUUCUGUUCCAAGCCGUGGAGGCCAAUGGAAGAAUCAAGGAUUGUAAAACUUGUACACGUAAAUCGCGCAUGGGUGGAAGACUGGUACAUGAUACAUAG